AUGUCCUCACAGUCGUACAGUCUUCGAAGCAGGCUAAAUCCUCAAUCUCCCUCCCUGCGCUCAACCCCGACUCCUUCUCCCAUUCCAAAGGCAGGGACCGCACUUGCUCGCAAAACUCGAUCUACAGAUUAUGCGUUACUAUUGCAGAGGGUGAUCGGGACUACGACGAAUGGCCCUAGUGGGUUGGCAUGCUGUCCGAGAACGAACUCAUACGCCUAUUGCGCGGGAGCAGUAGCAGUGUUGGCGAAGCUCGGUUCGGAUGAUACACCUUCGCUGCGAUAUUUCAAGGCCCGACCGACUGCGGCUUCACUCAAUCCUCCCACUUCUCACUAUGAAAGCUCACCUGCGACCACACCAUCCAGGAGGAGAGUCAGCGCCUUUACCCCUCGAAAGGGACUGGAAGAUUAUAGCGGCGGCUCUGCAGGGCGCGAAUGGUUAGAUGAAUCUGUGGGUCAGACAUGGACCGCAAGAGAGCGUAUCAAAACGGCAGCUUGCGUCGCCCUGAGUCGUGAUGGCCACUGGCUGGCAGUCGGUGAAGCGGGAUACAACCCUCGGGUUCUGCUCUUCUCAACAGCCGAAGAAGCUUCUUGCGAGGUACCCACUUCCAUCGUCACGGACCAUACCUACGGGCUGAGGUGCAUAGCUUUCAGCUCUGACACGAAACAUCUGGCUACUCUGGGCGACUAUAAGGACGGAUUUUUGUUCGUGUGGUCCUGCAAUGUCAAAACCGGCCAAUUGAGUCUGCACUCGGCGAACAAGUGCACUGCCAACAUUUUUGAUAUGACUUGGUGUGGCAAUAAUGUGAUAACAGUGGGCACAAGAUGUGUUCGACUCUGGCAAAUCCAAGGGCAAAGAAAGCAGUCGCCCGCCAGGAGAUUGAGAUACCGCUCGUCCGAGGCCCAUCUGUCGAGCCCCGGACCGGUGCCGCUACAAAGCCGUAAUGUUCUGCUGGGACCAAUGGUGGACAGUACAUUCACAUGUGCUGUAUCAGUCGACGAAAUCAACGUCGUAAUAGGCACCGAAACUGGACAAAUUUGUUUGGUGGAUACCUCUCAGAAUGUGCUGGAGCUGAGAGUCCUGAAAAAACUCGACUUCUCCAUCACCUCCAUCGCCUUCAUUCCGGAGCACAGAAGACUCCUAGUGGGCACUCCUCAUGGUGUGCACAGCGAAGAUUUCGAUGUUUUGCGAAGAGAGGAGAACAAAUCGCCUAGCAAGCUCUCAUCGCGGAAACCUCGCUUGUCAUCAAUUCGACGCUCGCUCGGCCUGCUUGACCAGGCAGAAAGAAGUCUAGUGGCGAUAGGAACCGUUAUGGAUCACACGAUUACGCUUAACAAUGAUGGGUGUCUGCAGAUCCAACGUCGCGGCAUGGAGGAUGGAGACAAUCCUCAACCUACAUUUGCAGCUCACAAAAGUGUCAUUUUAGGAGUUCGGACCCUUCCGGACUCUGCUGCUCAAGGCAAUUUCUUCACGUAUUCGAAGAAUGGAGAAGUCAAGUUCUGGAGUUCCAAUGGCACACUACUGAAGCAAGAGAGUCUUCCUCCGGACACCGCUGAGUCAAGGGACGAUGAAUUUGAGAACGAGUUGACUCAGAUGCGGUUCCUCUCCCCUCAUAACAGUUUCAUUGCCGGUGAUCGAUUUGGAUUAUUGAAGCUGAUCAAGAGCCGUGAUUGGCAAGUUGCACAGACAAUUAGGGCACACAGCGCAGAAAUCACUUCGAUCGACAUCCUUGAGUCCGGGUCCUUUGUUGCAACUUGCAGCAGAGAUCGGAUGAUACAACUAUUUCACGUCAACAGCGAUUCCUUCGAGCUUCUGCAGACAAUGGAUGACCACGUUGGAUCUGUCAACCAAGUGAUGUUCAUCCAGGACGGCGAGAAAUUACUAUCUUGUUCGACAGAUCGGUCUCUGGUCAUUCGCGAGCGGAUGCCCCGACAGCAGGAGGGCACGAAAGCCGUAGCCUAUCUCGCUACCAAGGUCCUGACGCUCAAAGGUACCCCCCUGUCGAUGGCAAUGGCGGCGGAGAGCACCUUGAUAGUCUCGACUAUGGACCGCCGUGUUACAAAUGUUGAUAUCUCUACGGGCACAUUGCUCGAGUCUUUCAAGGUCGGAGAUGCGGAGAGCGAUGACACCGUUUUUCUAAAUUCUAUGAUCUGUGCCUCGGUUUCGGAGAAUGCAGAUCAAAAGAUGUUAAUCGGAUACUGCUCCAUCGACAAAUCUAUCCGAGUUUACAACGAAAAGAAUCUCAAUCUCUUGGCUCGAGAAUCUGGACAUACAGAGGGAGUGAGUGACAUAGCUCUCCUCGAGCAACCCGACAAUUUGAAUCCCGGGUCGCGCUGUACGGUCGUAAGCACUGGAUUGGAUGGCACUAUCAUGAUUUGGAGCAUCUUCAAGACAGCACCUCUGUUACUUACUCCAGGUAUCCCACAGGGACAAGCUGGAGGCUUGGGGUUAAUGGCUGAUGAAUCUGAGGCGGCUAAACCUAGCCCUUCGUCACUUCCGCCGUUGAGGAAGGUUUUGACAAAGAGUGAUAUAACGGAGUUGUUAGGGGCGAAUGGGCAGGCAUCACCUUCCACUCCUCGAUCUCUGUCCCCGGUACGAUUGCAGCGCAAGACAUCGAGACUUGCUCUGGCUACGUCCCUCGAAGACCUUGAAGAGACGCCAAGUAGGAAGGUCGAUUUUUGUGCAGAACACAAUGCAUCACCAAAAACUGAGAAUGUGGAUAAUGGACGGUCACCAUCGCCGCCUCCACGGGGAUCAUCGAGACUAAGAAAUCAAAGGUCGCGGACAGACAUCAGCAAAGAGCUCGAGUCGAAAAGAACAACGCUGGCAGAACGCUCGCCCUCGCCAACCUCAACAGCUGUCUCGAUGCCUUCCACGCCUAAACAACGGCAAAAGGCCAAUAAUGGGCGAUUGCGAAGACCGCCUUCGGUGCCUUCUGAUCUACGGGCUCAGGCUGCAGCACAAGGACGCCGGCAGAGCAUGAGCCAAGCAUCUGACUUUGGCAGUUUAGCCAUGGCGACCGAUCAAGCGACACGAAUGCUAAAAAUUUACAAGAAAAAGUUGACCAUCAGUAAAGAGGUAGUUGAUCUGGAUGAGUUGGAGUACGAAGUUUCUGGGCUGUUAAAGAAUAUUCGAGAGAGGAAGGACAGGACGCGCGUGAGACACCAGAAAGACGCCGGAGCAGCAAGUACCAGCGAUAACGCAAAAGCUGCCACUGACAGCGAGGUCGAUCAAUUGGCGGUUUUAUUGGAGGGAUCAAGCAUGACUCAUUCUCCAACAGCAGCUACAGUCAGCAAGGAUAUACUAGUGUCCAAUUCUUGA